AUGUCCAGCAACAAUAACAACACAAUAGAACCCAUAUUAAAAGUUAAAGAUGAUGAACAACCAUCAUCGGAAUUGAAGAAUAAACAAACUAUUGAUGAUACACCACUAGAUGAAGAAACAAGGAAAAAAGUUGAGGAAAUUCUGGGAAAAACUCCAAUUGUUUUACUGAUAAAAGGAGAUGCCGAUAGACCUUUCUGUAAAUUUUCAAAGAGAAUUGUUUCCCUGUUGAUUAGUAGGGGUAUUCAAUUUUCUUCAUUUGAUGUUAAAUCUCUGGAUCAAAAUGAUGAGGCUCAAAAGAAAAUUUAUUUGGGAUUUAAAAAGUAUGGAAAUUUCCCAACAUUCCCUCAAGUUUAUGUGAAUAAGGAACUUGUUGGUGGGUUGGAUAUUUGUUCUGGAUUGGAUGAGGAAAAUCAAUUAAUAUCGACAAUUAAGGAA